CUUGCAUCUGAUUAGCAGGCAGGCCAACUUCUGGAGGGAAGCUUUGAAGCGGCAACUUUCCUGGAUGUCUCUUUAGGAACUUCCAUUCAACUCUCUACUACUUUGGAACUAUAUUUCAUUUUCAGUAAUGUAAUUAUCUGGAUUAUGUAUUUAUGCUAUGAGAAACUGGCAAACAAUGUAUUUUUGCUGGAGAUGGAGACAAUCACUGAGCCCUGGAUAAGUGGAGGUCAUGCAGACCACCUUUCUCCACGACAUUCAUGAAAUCCCUUUCAAAACUCCAACAGUGUGUCUGGCCCACGUUUUCUACUCUUCUGACGUCAUGGACGCAAUCAUCAAAUCCCGAUAAGCCGAGAUGUCCUGUCACAAGCACAACUUCCACUGCUUCACUGCAGUUGGAGGAGAAGAUUCCCACAAGUCCUCUGUGCCCUUUGAGCAUCACACCCCCUGGCUACCACGGAUUCCUCAGCAUGGCAUGGUAGCCUAUCAGGAAUUAGAGCAUGGAUGCUGUCUUUGCUCUGCAUAUCAACAGGCCCAAACUCUAGAGGCUGUAGAGAACCAGCUGUUGCCUUUCUAUCACCCUUAUCAUAAUCACCCGCCGCACCAGUAUGUUCUACGGGGGCCAAGUAUGCAUGAACGGACACACUCUGCCAAAGAAUCCAAUAUUCAUCAUAGAAUACAUGAUAAAAAGAUUGUGUUGGUGAAAAACAGCGACCCUUCAUUUAGAAAGACUAUAUCUCUGCACUCUAAGGGUCUGCAUAGCUUUGGUCUGUUCUUAAAGGAGGUUUCUGAACUCAUGGAGUAUCACGUCAGGAAACUGUACACUCAGGAGGGCUUUAAGAUUGACAGCAUUCAAAGCCUUCUGCAGUGCCCUGGUGUUCUGGUUUGUGUCGGACGGGAACCCUCUCAUCCUAUGAUCAUGGAGAAUUUUGAGAAAACAUCCAGCAACAAACUUCCAAGGCUGAGUGGGAAGUCACGCACCACUGAACCCACUGAUGGGGAUGAAACAAUCACUGCAAAGACAAACAUCACCCUCCCAAACCUGGAAGAUGUCAACAGAGGCACAAAGUACUCUGUAUCAUCUGACAAAUCUGCACCCGAUGGAAGGGACUCCCCAGAAAUUGUUAAUUCCUGCCCAGCAAGUGGCGACAGCAUAAGAGAAGAUGACAUAGAGAAAUGGGUUCGAGUUAAUAAAGACGGGAGUUUGUCCAUGGAGAUGAAAGUGCGCUUCAGACUACCAAAUGAUAAAAUAUUACAUUGGUCUACAAAAGUAAAAAAGACAGCAGGCCAGAACAAUGAUCAGAUCAAAGGCCACAAUAAUCCUAAUCUUGCACAUAUUGGUGAUGUAAGCUGUUCAGUAUCUGAAAUCACGUCCACCGAUGAAGCUUUUUUCACUCAGCAUGUUCCUGGGCACAGAGAGAAACCACACUGUCCCUACUGCUGCAGUCAAUGUCAAGGUUAUGAGACAUGGAAAAAUGUAAUAGGGAAACAUGGUGCAAGUCGGUGUAGUCAUAGUUCUAGUUCAAGUGCAUCCUCCCAUACUGUGGUUUCAAGGAAGACAGUGAUUGAGAGGCAAACUAUGUCCAGAUCAAGUGAAGAGCAUGCAGAUCAAUUGGUAGAGACACGCAUGCAAAGUAUUGAGGCUGCUGAAAUGGUGUUUUGUACCGUCCAGAGGGAGACUUGUUUACCAAAGUGCAAUGUGAAACCCUCCAUUGUAGAAAAUGGCAAGUCGACUGGUUUAGGCAAUUGUUCAAAUAACUUUGAUCUAAAAACUGAUAAAGAAUUCGACCAAGAAGAACAAACUGAAGAAAAGGGUGAAGGAAAUGAUGAAUCAAGCUCUCAAAUUUGCAACUCUGACAAGAAAGAAACCAUGGGGAGUAAAACACUGGGCACAGACUCACUUAAGAGUUCAAGGAAGCAUACCAAGCCAAAAACUUCUAAACCGUCUUACAUUUGUCACUGUGGAGAAUCUACUGGGCCUCAGGUCAAACUGCAAGAAAGCAUCAAGAAUAAAGCUGGAGAAAACGAUGAGAUACAAAGAGAUAAAUGUAGUGUCAUGUCUAUGAAAUCAGAUGCAUCUUGUAGAUCAAAUAGAUCAGAAACAAAUCAGACAGUAGAAAGUAUAGAAGAGAGGGGGGGAUUCAAAAGUGCCAUGUCAGCUAAUUUGAUUAGUCCAAGAAAUUGUAGUUCUGCUGUUUCAGAUGAUACAACUGAGGGAUUGCAAGCAUGUGAUGAGAAAGAAGAAGAAGACAGAGCAUCUAGCAAAAUCUCUAUGAAAUCCUUUAAAUCUUCUAAAUCUGUAAAGGCACCACCUGUACGACAUGAGUCAGAGGAGGACGUGGAACAGCAGGCUGAGGAUGAUUUAGAGCCGAGGACACAGAGUUUGCUGUCAGCUUUAUCCAGCGAGUCAGCUGACUUAAAAGGAAUAACACAAGAGACAUCUGAGGAGGAGGACAACCAGAACACAGGAGAAGAAAUCGAGAGCAACUCUGUACUCAGUGUGAAAAGUGCAAUAUCAGAAAUUUCUACUGUUUCUAAAGGGUCAAGCACUUCAGAAGGAAUACCAGUGGACAAUCAAGCUGCAGGGGGAAUAAGACCAAGUUGUAUGUCUGCUACUUCAGAGAGGUCAACUGUAUCUCAAACAUCCAGAAUGUCACCAAGUUUGGAGGAAACUUCUGAGAGAGCGACCAGUGCUUUGUCAACAAAAUCCAACUUAUCAACAAAAUCUAAAAAAACAAAAACCACUGAGCUAUAUGUUACAAAAAAGUCUAACAUCCCAGAAAAUGAUAACCCUGAAAGUGAGAGCAAACUGAGACCACAAAGCAAACUGUCUGUAAAUUCAGAAAAGUCUGUCAAAUCAAAUGUAUCUGCUAAAUCAAGCAAAUCCCAAAAAUCCGAAGUUGUUCAUAAUAACAAUAGUGACAAUAUGAAGGAGGAUAAUUGCAACAUUACAGAAAUACCAGAUACUGCUAAAACAAAAGCAUCAAGUGUUAUUUCAGAAAAAUCUGUCAGCUCGACAUCUGUUACACCCACUAAACAAAAUGCCUGUAAAGAAGAUAGGACAACUAUAGAAAGAGCCGGGAGUGCCAUGUCUGUAAAAUCUGGCAAAUCACACACGUCUGUGAUAUCUUUAAAAUCAGAACCUUCUCAAGUUUUUACAUCCCACCCUGGUAAUAUUGAUAACGAAAGAAAUCACCUGCAUGCAUCUGAGGGAAGAUCAAGCAGCAUGUCAGAUAAAUCCAUCAAGUCAAAUAUUUCAGCAAAAUCAAGUAAGACAAAAGGUUGUGAAAAGUUGGAUGAAUGUGAUGCAGCGAAUGGGGAACAGGGACCUGGUGCUACAUUAUUAAAAUCAGUGCAAUCACACAUCAAAACGGAAUCAAUCCUUUCAAAACCUCCCACAAAAUCUAACAUGUCAAAGACAAGUGAUGGUAGUACCGAAGGAAGUUCUUCAGAUCAAGAUCAAUGCGGAGAAAGAGCUUUGAGCAAUAUGUCAGCUGCAUCUGCUAAAUCUUCUAAAUCACAUGCUUCUGUGGCAUGUGCAAAAAAGAAUGUCUCUGAAAUCUGCUGCAGUCCCACUGAAGAAAUAUUUAGUGAAGAAGAAAUUGAGGGGAGAUCAGUCAGCUCAACAUCUGUGCAGUCAGUAAAGACAAAUAUCUCCUCCAGAUCAAGUAGGUCAAACUGUUCUGCUCACGCUAUGGCCUCUGAAGGUACUGAGUUGCUUUUUCAGUACAGUGAGGAAAUGAAACCAGAAAAAAGAGCUGCAUGCAGUGCAUCAACCAAAUCUGUUGAAUCACAAAAUGUGAGAUCAGCAAGUGUCAUGUCUAAAACAUCAACAAAAUCAAAUAUUUCUACUCAAUCUACCAAAUCAAAUACUUUGGACGUGUCUUCAAGACCUGGUCAACAUACAAAUGAGCAGGCAAAUCAAGAGAGAGUUCCCAGUGUACUUUCAGUCAAAUCUACAAACUCAGCUACUUCUACCAAAUCAACAAAAUCAAAAUGUUCUAAUAAAGCCCUACAAGAGAAAAGUUCAAAUACCUAUGAUCAAGAGAAUGACCAAGAGGAAAGACCACAAAGCAGAGGAUCUGUCAUUUCUGAAAGAUCUGCAGUGUCUGCAGAGAGACCCCAUAGUAAUCAUUUAGCUAAGUCAAAGGUUUCCGAUGUUGAGUCAGACACAAGUGAUAUAAUUUCUGAUGAAGGGCAUUGUGAAGAUGAGGCAGAACAGAGAGCUCACAGUGCACUGUCAAAUAAAACUGCAAUAUCAACUACAUCAGCAAAAUCUACUAAAUCAGCAGAACAUGUUGACCUGUAUGAAAACAUAUCUAAUAACGGCGAAAAGGCAGAAAGAGCUUUAAGUAAUAUUUCUACUAGAUCUGAAAAAUCAACGCAAUCCAAAAUUUCAAAUGUUUCUACAAGUUCAAAGAUUGAUGGGUUGGAGGGUGUCCACCAUGAGGAAACAGAUGUUGAACAGAGGAGUGAAUUUCGACCGAUAUCACAACAAUCGAUUGACUCAAUAUGUUCCAUAAAAUCAAAUAAAUCAAUGCGCUCAGCUAUUGCUGAAGUGGACGAUAGCUCGCUGGAUAGUGAGGAGGAGAAACACGAGAAUAAUGGUGAGGAAAGAUCUCCAAGCAGCAUGUCAGGCAAGUCAGUCCAGUCCUGCAUGUCAGAAAUAUCAAUAAAGUCUUUGGAAAGGACACCAAGGUCUUUAUCAGGAAAAUCUGUAAAAUUGAGUUCUGAACGGUCAGCAAGCUGUGCUAAAUCAUCAAAAUCAAAUAGAUCGGAUCAUCAAGCAGAUGAAAAUAUGGUUGGUGAUUAUGAAGAUGUGGAAACCCUAAGCAAUCUGUCAGCCAAAUCAGAAAAAUCAACAAAAUCAAAUGCGUCUAAGGGAUGCCAAAGACUGAAACCUUCCAAAGUUUGCUUGGAAAAUGCAGCAGUCACUCAAGAAGAAAGAGCAGCUGGAAAUGGCAAGAAAAGUAAACCUCUAUCACCUCAGUCAGUUAAAUCAAACCUAUCAGUAAAAUCAAAUACUUUAAAAUGCUCUGAUGUCCCAGCCAGAGAAAGUGUUGAUAUUUCAGACAGCGACAAUAAUGAAGAGACAAAUAUAAAAAGAGCAUCAAGCAGCAUGUCAACCUGUUCUGUCCGGUCAAGUGCUUCCAAAACUUCUUUCAAGUCUGAAAAAAGAACAGCAAGUGCUUUGUCAGAAAGGUCACUUGCUUCAGUGAUAUCAACCAUAACAAAUACUUCUGAAGUAAUGUCCACAAAGGCUGGUCCUCUUGAUGAGUUAAACAGUGAAGAUGAGGAGAGAACUCCUAGUGUCAUCUCAGUCAAAUCUACUAAUUCAGCAAAUGAAUCGACCCCACUGGAUUAUGAGAAACACACAGCGAGACCGUCCAGUAAUCUGUCAGUGAAAUCAGGCAGAUCAGUAAAAUCAAAUGUAUCUAAAAGAUCACAAGUUUCUGAUGUUCAGUUAGAAAACCAUGCUGACAAUUGUGAUAUAACAGUUGUUGAAGAGGACAGUGAAGGAAGCAUUAUAAGUGUAGCAUCUACUAGGUCAGUUAAGUCACAAAGCGAAAGGAUUGACAGUGACAAUAUUGAAAGUUAUAAAAGACCUCCAAGCAGCACUUCAGCUAAAUCAGUCAUCUCACUUGUUUCUGAGAAAUCUGCCAAGUCUUUUGACAGAGUACUAAGUGCAUCAUCCAUUAAAUCACACAUUUCAGCAAAGUCAGUUCAAUCAAAUAUUUCAGAUGCAACACCUGGAAAAACUAUUGAAAUGUAUGACAAAAGGAGUGAAAGUCAGCAAAGACCAAACAGUGUCCAAUCCUCUAAAACUGCAAAGUCAACUACUUCUACAAAAUCUGCUAAAGUAAAAGAACAUGAAUGUUCAGCCGAAGAUGGAAGAGAAAAUAAAGUCAGACACCCAAGCGGUACCUCUGCUCGAUCAACGACUUCAGCAAAAUCAAAUGUCACUGAAGUAUCCCAGAAAUCAAAAGCCACUGCUUUUAGUUGCGAUACAAGUACUAAAAGUUUUAACGAAGAUAAUGGUACAGAGGAGUUUACUGAAAGUAGAUCAGCAAGUUCAAUGACCAUCAAUUCUGCCAAGUCAGAUAUUUCGUCAAGAUCUGGUAUGUCAAAAUGCUCAACUGAUAUCCCUGUUCAAGAAAUUGUCAGCAUACCAAGCUCACCAGCUUCAACCAUUUCUAUAAAGUCAAAUAGCUCUGGAGUGUUUUCUGAUAAUAAUCUAAUAUUGGAUAAAGUACAUAAGAAAGCCUCUCAUGACAGAUCAGAGAGUGCAGCAUCCACAAAGUCAAAAAAGUCAAAGAUGUCAGCUGCUCAAACAGAAGGAUCAAUGAGUGAUUUGUCAGUAAUAUCAGCAAAGUCAAUUCCAUCAAAUGUUUCUGUAAAAUCUACAAAAUCAAAAGCUUCUAACACCCUAUCUGAACAUGGAACAAACAUUGGUGCCUUAGACAUUGAAGGGGAAGGACACUUAUCACCAUUCAGGAUGACCGAGUCAGCUGUUUCUCGUCAUUCAAAAAACUCCAGGUGUUCUGAUGAUGCAACUACUCAGGGAACGGAUACUCCCGGCGUGGACUACCGUGAAGAAACAGUACAAGAUAGAGCUGAAAGUUGCACAUCAAUUAAAACAAGUUGCUCUAAUGUAUCUGAAAGAGCCAUUGGAUCUAAGGCCUCUAGUCAUCAUGGCUUAAAUGUUGAUGGAGAACCAGCUGAACACCAUGUUGCAGAAACUAACAGUGUGGCAGAGAGGGCAGACAGUACUGGUUCUGACAGAUCUCUUAAAUCAGUCGCUUCAACACAAUCCAAGAGAUCACUGAGGGGGAGGUUAGGUAAAGGAAACUCCAGAGAAGAAAGUUUGGGCAGAGAACCAACAAACACACCAUGCAAAGUUACAAUGGUGGACAACAUGUUAAAGGGACAAGAAAUAGCUCAAAGACCACCCAGCACUUUAUCAGAAAAAUCUGCCAAGUCAACAAGGUCCAGCAUAAGUACAAAGUCUUGCAAAUUACAAACAUCUGAUAAAUCAGCCAAAAGAAAUCAUGUAGAAAACAUGAACUGCACAAGUAGUAAUUCCUCCAUCAAAUCAACAACAUCAAGGCAUUCAGGUGGUAGAUCAAACUCUUCUGAAACUUUCAAUGUUUCACCUAAAAAAGUCAAUGUAACUGAUGAAAGCACAGAGCAGAACACUGAGAUGAAACCUUCGAGUCCUAUUUCUGCUAAAUCAGUAAAAACAACAGUAUCAUCGGUCUCCACAAAAUCCAAAGCCUCACAUUCACAGAUGGCCAAAGAAGCAGAUCCAUCAGAGAGGACUCACAUUGUGUCUUCAGUAAUGUCUGAUGCUUCUUUAAGAACCAUACAGUCCAACAGAUCUUGCAUCACUCCUGGGAAGGGGACUGGUGAUGAAGACACUGAUGAUUUAACGUCAGACGCAAAAUCAAACAUAUUAAUGGAUCCUUAUACUCAGCAAUCUGAAGCUCACAAUAACGAAGAUGCUUUAAGGAGAUCCAAUGCCACACAAAGUCCUGUGUCAACAAAAUCAGAUUUCUCUGAAGCAUUAAGUAGAUCUGAAGUCCCCUCUGUAACAAUUGAAGAAACAGAGGAGAGAUCUCCUACUGUUUUGUCGUCAAAUUCCAAAGCAUCUGGGAGUUCAAAAAAGUCGAGAACUUCUAAGAAACAAGGAGUAAAACGGGCAAGAAAGUCACAAAGCUCUUUGAGUGUGCACUCACAUUUGUCUGUUAAGUCUAAAAAGACCAAUGUAACAAAUGUGUCCACUGCCAUCACUGUUUCGGAGAAUACAGGGAAGAGUUCUAGAACCAAUGCCUCAAGAGGGCAGGUUGCUGGAGAUGAAGGCAUUUGUCCAAAUAGACAUCCAGUAGUAUGCCAUACAGAUUCAGCUGAAAGUGACCUGUCCCAAACCCUGUCUGGUUCAGAAAUUAUGAAAGAAAUUUGUGAAAAUUCGUCCCCUGGAGAAUCCAGAUCUCAUGGUUCAAAAAGGAAAGCAAAUAGUGCAAUGGACGCCACAGAAGCUGUCUCUAAUAAAAGUAAUAAAGGCAGCAAAGACAGGAAAAAUGACAUGGAUAAUGGUGACUUUGAGCUGGUUCCAUCCAUCUUACCAAAUGCAUCCCCCACCGAGGUGGUAAAUGAAUGGCUGAAAACCCUACCAACAGAUAGAGACCAUUAUGAGAUGGAGGAACUUCAUGAAAAUGACGAUAGUGUAAAAGAUAUUGGUGCAGCUGAGAGAGUCAAUGGAGAAGAUGAUGCUGAGAAAAAUAAGUCUGAUGCUCAAAUUUUAAAAGAAGCCAAUUGUCCCAUUGAAUUCCAAAAAGAGGACUGCAAAACAAGCACAGAGACACCAAAAGAAGAGAGCAGUUCUACUCAUAGAGGAGACGGCUCAAAAAUGUUUAACUCCAUACAAGUUAUGAAAGUACUUUUAAACCCUAAGCUUGACAGAUGCAACAGUUUACCAGAAAUCUCACCUGUGCAUGGGCGUAAGUUAAGUACAUCAGCUAAAGGUCUCUUAGAUUGCCUUGUAAAGCUGCGUUUAAUACAACAUGACCCUGAGAAUGCAAAUGAAAAGGAUGAAAGAUACCAGGAGCUUAUGAGUAUUCUUCAGUCUCUAUGGCUUUCCAACCCUGAUGAAAAGAAACAUGCCCCAAAUAUGAACAAUCAUAAUUCUCUUGAGGGGGAGCAUAAUCACACCUCUUCCUCUGGUGUGGAUGUAAACAGUGGAUCCACCGGUUCGGGGAAGAGUAGUGAUGGAGUAAAAAGCUGUAGCGAACCGAAUGUCGAUGGAUCUCAAACUCAGAACAGUUUGAUCACAAUGGAGAAAGCACACAAUGAAACAAGUACCAAGUGGAAACAGGAUGCAGAAAAAGCAGAGCAGGAAGAGGAGGAUUCAGCCACAGAUGAAACAAUAACAAGCAAUGAUAGUCCAGGAGAACCUCCUGAAACACCAGCAUCCUCAAGCAAAAGUUCUGGAGAGUCAAGCGGUAAUGAUAAAAACCUCUCCAGGAAACUGUCUCAAGAUCCGGACCCUGUUUGGGUGCUAACCUUGCUAAAUAAAAUAGAAAAGCAGUUUAUGACACAUUAUUUAAGUGCAAUGAAAGAAUUGAAAUUGCGAUGGAGCCUAGAAGAUACUGAUCAGCUUGACAAGAUGAUAGAUGAACUUAAAAUAGAGGUUCAAAAUAAAAUUCAAACAAGCAUUGACAAGGAAAUAAGGAAAAUUCAAGGCAGAGUAGGGUUACCAAGACCUCCUACUGAGGCGAUAUCCAGAGUUUCAACUAAACAAACUGAAGAAAGGAGACAGAGGCUUAAGAUCAAGCUACAGUCUACGGAUUCACAGGCUGAAAAAAGUGAUUCCACAACAGGAACAUCCUACAGUGACCAGCGAGCGGACAAUAUUGAUGAAUAUUGUCCCUGUGAAACUUGUAUGGAGAAAAAUGUAAAUUCCAGACAACCUCUUUCAGUGGAAGUCAAGAGAACUGCACCUGUUGCUAUUGACUACGACCUGAAGAGGAUUCUGCUGAUGAAAACCACAGCGGAUGGGGCAGAUCCACAUGUAAAUGAUAAGGACACAAAAGUAAAAAUACUUGUAGAGCAAGUUAUUGUUGGAGCAAUACGAGAAGUAGAAUCUGAAAAAUCUGUUGCUUUUUCAAACACUGAAGUCCUAAAUGAAGAAGAGUCAGAACAAGAAGAAAGAUAUGUUUUAGUGAAAGAAGCAUCAUCAGAGAAAUUGGAAGCAGACCGUGAAGGAGCAAAGAAGGACUGGUCAAAGUUGAAGAGGAAAUUGCUUCCAUCAGUGCGAAUAGUUCUUCAGGGCAAAAUGAAGCAACAGUCAACAACAGAUGCAGCAAAUAACGAAAAAGUUACUAUUAAUGAAAGUGACCAGUCAGAAGAAGAAGACAGUGAAGCCAAAAUGACUGCUGAACAAGAAACUAAAGUAUUAAUUAAGAAUAGGUCAUCAGAAGAGGCUGACCACGGUGAGGCUGUGGAUAAACACCCAGCAUUUGAGGUUAGUGUAGCACAAAUGACUGAUGUCAAGUCCAACAAAGAAAAGGAGGUUGAAAUAGACAAGGAGAGUCUUUUAGAGAUUACAUCUAAUGCGGCGUUAUCAGAAGAUGAAAAAGCAGCCAUAGAAACAUCCUCAAUAACCACAAGUGGACAUGAAUGUGAGAAAGAUAAGACUGUGGUAACCUUAACAGAGCAGAAAUCUGACACGGAAGAAGCAAGCGAGGGUACUGGUACCACCAGUGACCAUGACUCUGUGGGGGAGUCAGGUGGUACCAGUGAUGGAAAUGAAACUGAGGAUGAAGAAGAGGCAACAUUUGAUGAUCUGUCAAGUAUACAGGAGGAAGAAGAAACUGAGGAUGAGCUUUCCGUUAAAAGAGAAGCAGAAUUGAAAAAAAGCCAAAUCCCUGCAGCACUGUAUGAGAACAGAAAAGAGAAAGGUGAGGCAAAAUCAGAGGUUCAAACAUCUGAAAGUGAAGAGGUUAAGGAAAAGAGCAUUGUCAGUGGGGAACAUACAAUUUCCCCUGUCAAUUCAGGCGAUUCCCCAGAUGAGAAUGAAGCAGCUAAGUCGGAGUCUGAUGAAGAAGACACAACAGAAAAUGAAGUGCAUGCUGCACAGGUUUACAGGGGUUCUUUAACUAAAAGUGGAGAUAAAACAAAGGAAACUAAGAGAGCUGCAAGCAAACAUAAAUCUGAAGAAGGUGCAGAAGGGGAAGAAGGAACGGGCACAGAUGAAGAGAAUCUUCCUGCCGUUAGUGCAAAUGAAUCAGAUGGAAACAGGGAUUCAUCAACAGAGGAUGAAACAUCAGAAGAACAGAAUAAAGGAACAACCACUGGGGAUGAGAAUAUCUCAGAGGAAGAGACAGCUCUUAGACAAAAUGGAAAAUCAAAGUAUCAGAUUGCAAAAGAUGAAACUGCAGCAGAGGGGACAGAAAAUGAAGUUAGUGAAGAGGAAAGGACAAUUGAUGAUGGAGAACAAACUGGCACUGCUGGUGAAAGUGAUUCUGCCGAAGACGUAAAUGACAUUACCACAGAUGAUGAUGAUGAUGACGAUGAUGAUGAAAGUGCAGAGGAGAAUGAUGGCAUUUGUGGUGAACUCUCAAUUAAACAGCCUGAAAAUGAAAACAAAAAAUACAAGCAGGCUGGGGAUGAAGCAACAGUGACUGCAACAAGUGAACAACAAUCUGAAAAAAUUGACAAUGCAGAAGAGGAAGAGGCUUUCAGUUGUGAAGAAGAGUCUUUCAAAGUAAAAAAUAGACUUGCUUUGGCUCUUACAAGUGAAACAGCAAAUGACAGUGAAGAAAACAAGAUUGAUACAGAUGCGACACAUGAAUCUGAUAAGGAUGCAGUGGGAGGAGCCACAGGUAAACAGGAAUCUGAAACAGAAGAUGAACCUAAUAAGGAGAAAGAAGAUAGGUUAAAAGAAGAGAAUACCAUGGAUGGUACUGAUACUGAGGAGGAAGAUACAGGUCAAAGCAAGAGUGAUUCUGCAGAUGCCCUUUCAAAUGAUGAAACUUCAGCUACAGAGACAAAACACAAAAUCAACAAAGCCUAUAACGCUUUGAAUGAAAAAGAGCCAGAAAAAAGAAGAGAUGGUGAUAAUCAUGAUGUUUCUGGAGAUACUGACCAAGGAUCUACAACUGAAAGCAGCUCCAAGGCUGUGACUGAAAAUGAAUCAGAGGAGGAAGGUAGCAUAUCAGCCACAGAUGAUGAAAAUUCUGACAACAAUUUAGGAGAAGAUACGGAUGAAACAGCAGGCCAAGAAGACACAUCCACAGUUAAAGGUUAUGAUGAUUUGGGAGACAAGAAUUUAGAGGCCCAGUGUAACGAUGAGAUUUUAGAUGAGACUUCACAAGAAUACACUGAUGAAAAAGAGUCUUUAGGUCAUGUUGAACCUGUUGAACAAUUGUUCUUGGCCAAAGGACUUAUGUCAUCAAAAAAAAUGGAAGACAGCACUGCGGAAAACCAAAGCAUAAAGGAGGACACAUCAAAUGUUGGAACAUGUCCCGAAAAAUCUGAAUCAUUUGAAAAUGAAAGUGAAUCUGAGUCCAAGCAGGAACAUUUCUCAGAGGCUAUCUCUAAAGCACAUGAAGAUAAUAAAACCACAGUUGAAGAUUCAAGCAAAAUUGAAAAAUUUGACAGCAAGGGCAUAGAAACUAAUAAUGGAGAAAAAUCCAGAUCUAAGGACGCAUAUGAAGAAGAAGAUGCUUUAGAUAAAGCUUAUAGUGAAGAAGCUACAGAUGAUGAAGAAGAUGGAUCUGUAGAAGAGAAGGAACCAAAAUGUAUUGAGUCUGAAGAGAAGAAGAGCAGCACCCUUAAUAGAAAGACUGACCAAAAAAGCAUUAAGGAUUAUGAAAAGGAAGAUGAGGAUACUGACACACCUCAUGAAGCCUGGAAUGGAAGCUUGGGAGACUCAGCUGAUGGCGAAGACGAGGCCGAGGAAGACUCAGAACCUGAAGAAGACCUUAUCGAUAGAAAGAAGCCUUUUGUUGCGGACAAGCUGGAGAACCUAGACACAACUAAGAAAGAUGCCAAGAAAACUUUACUUAAUCCGCUAGAGGCUUUAAUGAAAGAGAGAGCUGAAUCGGAGGAUGGUGCAUAUGCUGAUAUUGAGGAUUCUGAGACUGAAAUACACGACCAGGGUGAUGUCCCUAGCAUUGAAUCAAAGUUUUGA